AUGUUAGAAAAUCGGCAUAAACAGCAAACUGACCCAAACUCAAACUACAACAACGAGAAUCCUUUGCUUUGGACUCAUGUUGUUAGAUCAAAGAGGAAAGGCAACAACAAUAAAAAGAAUCAAUCUAUUGUUUCGUUUAACCCUACUUUGGUUAAUCUUCCUGUUACAGAAGAAGAGUCAUCUCAAAAUGCUCUUAAUGGCUCCAGCCCUCCAGCUCCCAUUGCAGUUAUUCGUCCAUUUAUUAAAGGAAUGGAACAGGAUUCAGUCUUUAUUGAUCUUACUCCAGUCAAGGAUCGAUCUUUAUUAAACAAAGCUCUACUCAAGUUUAAUGAAGAUGCUGAAAACAUAGGCUACUACGAAGAUUUUCUUGGUUAUCGAAAGCAAACACGCAACUAUCUGGGAUAUGACUUCUUGGAGACUAUGUGGCUUUAUAACAGUGUUGGUCGCAAGACACUUAUUGAAGAAGGAAUUACCUUGGAAGAUGGUACCUUUGUGAAAGGUUUUCCUUCCUAUCCAGCUGAUGCUACCAUCGUCCGCUUAACUCUUGAAAAUCUUCCAUUCCUCCCAGCCAUCCAGUUGAAAGAGGAAAUGGCUGCUCGUCUUUCGUGCUUUGGGGAGGUUCUAGAUCAUGGCAUCUCGAGAACUGAUGGCAUCUUUCAUGGUACCUUGAAUCUAACUUUGUCGGCUACGCCUGAAAAUGGAUGUAUGGAAUCCCACGCAGAAGGAUCGGAGUGUCCCAGGCAUAGACACUUGGAGCCCUUAUCUCGCGUCAUCAUUUGGGAUCCAUGUGAUAAUGAACAGAGAAAAGUACUUUUACAAUGGGAUAAGAUACCUGACUUCUGUCGUAGCUGUCAGAGAUCAGACCAUUGUCGAGCUGAUUGUCCUAACUACAAGAAAUGGGUACGCUGCUACCAUUGCAAUGAGACUGGCCAUGUUAUGCGUAACUGCAGUCGUAAUGGAUCAAUCGACUCCGCUCCCAGCAAGGUCCGUGCAGUAGAGAAAUCCUCAAGUCAGCCAAAACCUAGAAAAGGGUCAAACAAAGAUUCUACUGCCUCACCAAAGGCUGCUCCUAAGAAACCAAUGGCACAAAAAAAUGCCUCUGCUGGCUCUCCAGUUCCUCAAGGCUACAAGAAUAAUGAAAGAGAUGCAACGGUUGCUCUCAAUGGUAGAAACGGUGUUGAAGAGGACACCACUAUGAAUGAAAGCAACCUUAAUCCGGUAAAUGAUUCUGAUGCGGUAAAGACUAUCUCAAAAGUCAUAGUAAUGGAGGAUACUGUGAUCUCUUCUCCAUCUCGAUUUACAGAUUUGGAGACUCAUGAUAAUGUCAAAAGGAUGGGUAAGUUCAAUGGAACUGAUGAUAUAAGUGCUGCUCGACAACAAGCUGCAGCUUCAGCAGCAUCACAACAAAAUAGAAAGAAUGAUAUAAAUAAUGUAAAGGCAAACGUGCUUCAGCCUGAUUUGAUGGGCCAACAAUCACCUCAACCUCAACAUUAA